AUGGGCCCGUCGACCGCCGCCAACUCGACCGCGGGCGGCCACACCGCCAUCCGUUGCGCGGACGGGCUGCUGCUGCCCUGCUGGCAGCCGCUCGUCGACGUCGCGCUGACCGAGCGCGUCGGCCGUGGCGUCGUCUAUUUCUGCGCGCUGGCCUAUCUCUUCGUGGGAGUGUCGAUCGUCUCCGAUCGCUUCAUGGCCGCCAUCGAGGUGAUCACUUCGCAGGAGCGCGAGGUGGCUGUGCGUAGGGCCAGCGGAGAGCCGCACAUCGUCGUCGUGCGCAUGUGGAACGAGACGGUGGCCAAUCUGACGCUAAUGGCACUCGGCUCCAGCGCCCCCGAGAUCCUCCUCUCCGUCAUCGAGAUCUACGCGAAGAACUUCGAGGCUGGCGACCUCGGCCCCGGCACCAUCGUCGGCAGCGCCGCCUACAACCUCUUCGUCAUCAUCGCGCUGUGCGUGGGCGUCAUCCCCAAGGGCGAGUCUCGAAAGAUCAAGCACCUGGGCGUGUUCUUCGUGACGGCCUCGUGGUCGGUGUUCGCCUACGUGUGGCUCUACCUCAUCCUGUGCUUCUUUUCGCCAGGCGUGGUGGACAUUUGGGAGGGGGUCCUCACCUUCUGCUUCUUCCCUUUGACCGUCCUCACGGCCUAUGCGGCAGACAGGAAUAUCCACAGGUACAUCCGCAAGGACUACCGCAUGAACAGACGCGGCGUCAUCGUCCAAGCGGAGGGCGGCGACCGCCUCGAGAUGGGCAACGGCGAGCUGCUGCCCGCCGCCCCCGAGGCCGAGGGCGGUGCGCGCGACGACGACGCCAAGCGCGAGUACGUGGCAACACUGCGCGAGUUGCGCAGGGAGCACCCGCGCGCCGAUCUCGCCGCGCUGGAGAAGAUGGCGCACGAGACGCUGCUGGGAAGAGGGCCCAAGUCGAGAGCGUUCUAUAGGAUCCAGGCGACGAGGAAACUGAUGGGCAGCGGAGAUUUGCUCAGGAGGAUAUCGGAACGCGCGCAGAGCGACCUGAGCGAGAUCAAAGAAGAGCUGCGCCGCGAGUCCGCCGGCGACUGCACAAUCACCGUCAACUGCGAUCCGGCCGCGUGCCGCGUCUUCUUCUCGCCGGCCAAGUACGCGGUGAUGGAGAGCUGCGGCCGCUUCGAGGUGAGCGUCGUGAGGGAGGGCGACGUCGAGGGCGCCGUCGACGUCGAGUACAGGACGGAGGACGGCUCGGCGGUGGCGGACAGCGACUACGUGAGGAGCGAGGGGUGGUUGCAUUUCCAGCCGGGCGACAAGGAAAAGAAGAUAACUUUGGAGGUGAUCGAUGACGACGUGUUCGAGCCGGACGAGCACUUCUACGUGCGCCUAUGUACCGCCCGGCCAUCAGCUGCCGCCCCCGAGGCCCCUGCCUGCCUCCUCGGCUCCCCCGCCAAGGCCACCGUCCUCAUCCUCGACGACGACCACGGCGGCCUCUUCCGCUUCGACAGGCAGAACCACGAGCUGGUCGAGAGCCAGGGACAGUACGAGCUCAAGGUAGUGCGCUGUUCGGGCGCAAGAGGGCGCGUAGUAGUGCCCUUUUGGACAGAGGACGGUACUGCCAAACAGGGCAAGGAGUACGAGAAGAACAAAGGAGAGAUCGUCUUCGAAAACAACGAAUCCGAGUGA